UAAAAGGCGACACCGAACUUCAGCGUUUGGCUCAACCGACGAACGUCAGCGGUGCCAAAGUGUGCCAUGCGACUGUUCAAAGCGCUCGUGGUGGCGCUUCUGCUUGGCCUUUGCGGCAAUAGCGCCAGUGCUUCGGAGUUGGAGCAUGAAGGCACGAACUCAGGUGGUUUUCAAGAGGAGGGUGGCCUAGAAGAGAUAGAAGAGAUUAUUGGAGAAGACGAGGAAGAGGAGUUUACACGAGAGGAUGUCACCUGCGGCUUUAUGAUGAUGGGGAUGUUCUUUUUCAUCAUGGUAAUAUUCUAUUUUGUCAACUACCCGGACGACGACAUCAAGCGUUAUUCCUGGAGCAACAUCAGCACGACCAUCUCCAUUUUCUGUGCGAUUCUCAUCUUCAGUGCUGCAGAUGAAGUGAUCGUGGUGUUUGUCAUCAGUCCAGUGCUUGGGGAAUUCCCCAAAGGCUGGAGACAAGUUGCGCGUGUGGCUGCUGGAUACGUCAUUUUCAUCGCUUGGCUGGCGGUGGCCGAGGUGAUGAUCGCCUAUUUCGCCAAAGCAUUCUGCGUCAGUUCCAGACCUGACGGCCGAAUGGCUUGGGUGGUCCACGACUCCAUCCGUGGAGACCAUGGCGUUCCCCUGCAGGACCUGGACAGCCGAGCAACAGCCACAGUGCUUCCCGGUACCCGAGAGAAGAGCAUCGCCAAGAUUGGUCAGUUGGAAGUCUUUGUGACCAUGGAGGACCUGGAGAAAGAGGCUGCUCAGAGGCGGACGAAGUCUUGGUCCAUGCUGUAUGCACACAUGGCAGGAUUCGCAAUGAUUUCUGCGGGCGGAGAUUUGCAACACUCCGACUUCUUUCGGGACGAUUGGCCCAACAGUUUACUUGCAGUGUUGUUGAACGUGCUCUUCUUGCUGUUGGUUUUCUGGGUCUCGGCUCGGCUGCGGCCACGGGGCGACGAAAGUGAUAUGGAGUCCGACGAUGAGGGCCCAGUUGAAAUGUGGAAUGAGAACGCAAUUGAAUCUGAGGACGAGCUCUUUUGCUUGUCCAUCUCUUUCUUGCUGGUGCAGGCCCUAAGAUUCCAAGCAAGCGGCGUUCUUUCUACCAAGGCUGGCUUGGAGCCUGGUGAGAACUUUGGGACUAUGGCGAUCCUCACGGUCUACGGGGAAGCCUUGCUCUUCGUGGUUGCCACGGUGGUGGUGGUCUUCAGCGGGAGGACAGGCCGCUUGGCCGACCUCCUCCGAGGGGCGUUGUCCAUGGCCUUCGCCUGGUGUUUGCUCUUCGCCUCCCGAUGGAUGUUCGAGUCCUGGCCUUUGCUGGUGAAGUUGAAUUGCCCUCCCAAGAGCAUCCCAGGUCGAUUGAUUCUCUCCCUUUUCCUCUCAAGCUUUGCCUUUGCGGUGAUCAUUGUCCUCGACCAGAUCGAGGAUGCUGCCAGCAACGAAGACCGGCGUGUCACCCACAAGAUUGUGAAAAAUGUCGUGACUGGCUUGAGCAUUUUGGUGGGUUUCACGUGGGAGACCACCAUGGACGGAUGUGCCGAAGCAGUCUUCUCCACCAUUCACGAGAACGAGAGGGCGCGAUUGGUCUCAAAGUUCAUGGGGGUUGUUGUCAUUCUGCUCAUCGUUCUGCCGGCCUGGCGCAGGUAUGUGCUCCACACUGUCUUCCGGCUGCUAAAGCACCAGAGGGACCAACGUGCAGCGCAGAAGUUGGCAGACAAGCUGCAACGCUUGGACCCAAAGCUUCAAGAGGAUGGCCUUUUGGACAUGUCGGACAGUGAAGAAUCGGCCCCGGAUCCGGAACUCACCUGUUGAUCCGGCGCAUCGCAUGCAGUGCCAUGUGGUACAAAACAAAUGUUCUCUUGUUUCUAAUAGCUUCUUGUUACUACUAGCAAGGCCCUUGCUCCUAGUAGCGAUGCACUUGUUCC